AUGUCGCUUUUCGUAGCAGAAGAGGACGACCACAUGAACGUCGAUGAAUCGCCUAGUCUGUUCCAUGAGGCCCUCGAAGAACAACCACAGCACACAUCAUCAUCCUCCACAUCAUCCGCUUCCUCUCCUGACAUGGACGAACAGGAAGACGACGACCCAAUCGUCUCGUCAAUACCAUUAAUCUUGAGUCAGGUGCCUAACCCAUCGUCUCAAUCAUUACAUUUAAUACAGUAUCCUGGAAGACCAAAAACCCUUCCUUACAAAGAUAACCUCAAGCCUUCCAUCAAGGAAGAUUCAGCAUUCUUGGAAUUCAAGAUCCCUUUGGACACAAGUAGAUUUUACGACCAGUCAAGAUCGGAAGACUGGGGGGUAAGCCACCAAAUAGAAGAACAUGGACUCCAUGGAGUGCUCAACAAGACAGAGGGGGGAAUGUACGCUGGAAUGGUGCGAGAAGACGGCAAGCUCAUCCUUAUCCCAUUGGACUCCACCGCCCAGUUGAGACCUUCAUUCAAAUAUUUGGAUGAUUUGGAAGUAGCAAGGCAAGCGCAAAGAAGAAAUGAUUUCUUGGAGCAGCUGAAACCUGCCAGCGUCCAAGUGUUACAGACGUCCAAUGCCAAGUCCGCUGCCGCUCAAGGGAACACAGGCGAGGGGUUUGCCAACAAUGCAUUAGGCGAAUCCUUACGGUGCAUCAAGAAAUUUGACGAAGAGCGUUGGACUCCGUUGAAAUUUGAAGACGGAGAGGAAGCCCAGAAGACGAGAAAAGAAUUGUAUACCAACGUUGUUGAGACGGAAUUGAAGAGUAAGCUGACCAUGAGCGAGUAUAUCAGUGAGUUGACGAAGGUAUAA